CUGAUCUCGUAAUAAUACUUGUAAUAGGUUUAAAGAACGGCAGCCCGAAAAUUCUUCUGCAAUUGAAUUUCCUUCUUGAAUUUCCACGACCAUAAGACUAUGUAUAUGUCGUCUCACAUUAAAGGCCCAAAUCGGGAGGUCGCUUAGCUGCUUUACAGAAGUGUUCAACUGCGAGAAAAUCAGAGAGGAUGAAAUGGAGGGGAACGAGAGACGUGGUUUUUUUGGUUUUCACAUGUGGGAAGAAGAAAUUUUUAUGUUUAAGUUCUAUGUUUAACGAAGUUCUGUAUUUGAUGCAUCCUAAUUGAUGUUGCAUACUAAUUCAGUCUUGAGACAGUGCCUCGUGUUAGGUAAAUGAUGCGAGAAGGACGUUGAACGAUCAUUCUUAUCUGUCCUGCUACUAAUUUCUGUUCAUGGAGAUGAAACGCGCGAUCCAAAUAUUAACAACGUGUGUCUACAACCCCAAGAAUCGCCAACACCUUCAUUUUCCUCCCAACCUAGAUACCCUCUGAAAUAUUUCUUUUCUACUUGGAGAGGUCACUCGGGUGAAAGGCAUGACCGUAAAUGAUUUACGCGAACCUUUCGUCGAAAUUAGACAGCAAAUGCAAAGAUUUACAUGCAUCUCCACUCAUCUCCACUUGUAGGUUUUGUAGUUUCCAUCAUUUUGUACAGACGCAGACGCAGUGGUGCACGUGCAGCUGCAAAGAAAAAGUCUCAAUCUCCUCUGAACAAGAGAAGUUAGAUUUACUUCUAGGACAACAAAAGAUAGAGAUACAAUAGUCAACAUCAUGACUUCGACAGCCCUAAUGCGAAGCGCAUCUGCGGAUGUGAUAAAGCCAGGCAAAGGCGCCGGCAGACUACGAGAGUAUGACACCAUCCUCAAAGGCAUGCCAUCUGCCCAAUGGGUGUUGGAGGAAAACGACUUUUUCCGCAAGGAGAUAGUGAAGCCUCAGUGGAAUGAGCAGACCAUGACGUUCCAGAAUGUGGGCUGUUGCUCGAAUGGGAGAUCGUACUAGGAAGUUUUUUAUCUCUUGCUGCUUACGAGUUAUUACUACCGAUAUCGAUAAGUAAUAUGAGUCGACCAUUGUUCCAAGGAAGUGAUAAAGAGCAGACGAUUUGUGAUUGUGCUGCUCGUACAAAACUUGUUCAACAGUGGAUGCAGUUGAAAAUUCAAAGAUUCUUACUCUCCUGGACGACAGUCGAUCUUUUCUGUUCUACUUAUUUUCCUUUCAUCUCCCUAUCGUAUGUUCGCCUGCAUCCUCUCCUGAUACAGUACUAUACUCACAAGAACUCAUAACAACUUAGUAGUAGGUUAUCAUCACGACCCUCUACUUCUACAACAGGCCCAACUACAGUACUGAUCAUCUCCCACAACAGGUAUUUCGACCGAUGGAGAGACAGACCCAGUGAACAUGCAUCAAAGGUUGGGCAGCUUCGCUCCACAUGGCUCAUCGAUAACCCGCCAAUUGGUGACCAUGGACCGCCAAAGCUGAAAUCACGUAUAAUCUAUUGGUUCUUACACAAUGUCUAAUGAAAUGCUAGAAAACAUCGCACCUUGUCUUCAUCUUACAAUACGUUUCAAUCAAUCAAGUAGCGCAGAUGAUGAGAGAACACAGAUUUACACUUAUUAUAAUACAGAAGAUACAUCUCAAGAACAUACCUUACAGAUAUAUCUCAAGAACAUACCUCUGAAAAAAGUGUGAUCACAAAUUUUCUCCUGUUGCAACCCGUCCAUUCCAUCGUCCCCAAGAUCAUCUAAAAUUCCUCAAGUUCAAAUGAUCAGCUGCGAUGAAGAUCCUGUACUCACACGUGCAUGCGCGACCAACACCGAAAGAGAAAUUUGUGACGAAGGAUGCGCUUGUUCGGGUUGUCCUGCCAGAAGACCCGAUUCCGAGGCCAGAUAUCAUAGCAGGAAUCGGAUACGGCAGUACUUUAAUACCAUAUUAUAUAUAAUAUUAAAUAGAUACAACUAUUUAUUACUACCGACAUCGUACAUUGGGUAGCACAACGUACGUGUUCAUACUUUAAGUAAAGCUAAGCUAAUACUGACUGUAUUUCUCGGCUCUUAUCUCUUGCUUACCAGUUAUUACUAAUACUACCGAUAUCGAUAAGUAAUAUGAGUAGACCAGUGUUCCAAGUGAUAAAGAGACGAUUAUCCAUGUUUCCAUCUUCUCCUCCAGUGAAGUACAACAGUGUGGCCCAUUCCGAUUUCCGAGAGUAUUUUGGCCAGCACCGACAGCACAAGACCCUCCAGAAGUCGGUGGAAGAGGGGAAUUUGGCCGUCCAGCGCCAAAGUUUGGAGAAGGCUGGCUUGCUGGAGGAGGCCUUGCCAUCGAGAAAGCAGAGACUACUGAAGAGCCUUAGCACGUCGCAAAUCGUGCAGCAUGAUCAUUCGCACGAAGGGGUUGUUGUAUGA